AGGGAGUGUCCAUGUGGGUUGAGCAGGGGGGGGGGGUCGAUGUGUGUGAGGGUGUGUGUGAGUGAGGUGUAUGGUUGAUGCGACAAGUGGUUCCAUAGCUACCCAGACCGAAUGCCUAAACAGUCAGUAUAAAUAAAGCAGACUUCCUGGGAAAGUGGAAUCUCAAGAGACGUAUGGUGGAGCGUUAGGUUAGCUGGCAUCGUUGCUUCUGGACCUCUAAGCUACAACCAAAUAUCAUCCGACAAGACCUCUGCGUCUUGGAAAGGAACUGUGAUAUACUAGGAAGCUGUGCUUCAGUCAGGGCAGCACAAGAGAGAGAGCGAGAGCAAGGAGCGAGGGUACGUGCAAGAGAGAGAGAGAGAGAGAGAGAGAGAGGGAGAAAAAAAGAGAGAGCGAGAGUCAGUGGAGGAGAGUGAGCGAGGGAGGGAGAGAUAGGAAGAGAAAAUUCUGCUGAAAGGAAGCAUUUUUGGUGGAUGGGAUAAAACCAACCAUGGAAACUACAUCAGAAGAGAACCAAGAGCAGAGCCAGGAGAAAAAAGGUUGCUUUGAGUGCUGCAUCAAGUGUUUAGGUGGGGUGCCGUAUGCGUCACUGGUUGCUACGAUCCUGUGUUUCUCUGGCGUGGCCCUGUUCUGUGGCUGUGGCCAUGUGGCCCUCACCGGCACCAUCAGCAUCCUGGAGAACCACUUCUCCAAGAUCACCUCUGACCACGCCAUGCUGACCGACGUAAUACAGCUGAUGCAGUACGUCAUCUAUGGCAUCGCCUCCUUCUUCUUCCUCUAUGGGAUCAUCCUGCUGGCGGAGGGCUUCUACACCACCAGCGCUGUCAAGGAGCUGCACAGCGAGUUCAAGACCACCAUUUGUGGGCGCUGUAUUAGUGGGAUGUUUGUGUUCCUGACCUACAUCCUGGGUAUUGCCUGGCUGGGAGUGUUUGGUUUCUCCGCCGUGCCCGUCUUCCUCUUCUACAACAUGUGGUCCACCUGUGCCGCCAUGAGGUCACCAGUCUCCAACUUCACCAACCUGGACUCUAUAUGCGUGGACGUCCGUCAGUACGGUAUCAUCCCAUGGAACGCUACACCAGGCAAGGCUUGUGGGUCCACACUAGGAGACAUCUGUAAUACUAGUGAGUUCUACCUGUCCUACCACCUGUACAUUGUAGCAUGCGCUGGAGCCGGGGCCACCGUCAUUGCUCUGCUGAUCUACAUGAUGGCUACCACUUAUAACUUUGCCGUUUUGAAGUUUAAGAGUCGAGAAGACUGCUGCACUAAGUUUUAACUGGUGUUCAGAGACACAGCACAGCACAGUCUAUGACACUACACUGAGUAGAGACAGCAGCCACUUACUACAUGAACUAAAAACCAACAGAACAUAGACAAAAACAUCUUCCCCAUUAGUAUUCACCUAAAGCGUAAAUAGCUGAGUGUAUGCGUCCUAUCCAGGGAUAGGCCUGUCGGAAGGUUCAACGGUACCUGAGGAGAGUUGUCUUCAGAAUGGGGUGGUGUAUAGUUAGCAGGGUUAUGCUUUUCUCCAGGUCAUGUUAAGAUAUUAUUAGGACAUUAAAUCAGUAAUAACUCCCUUAAUUGAAUAGCACUCAGCCUUGGCAUAGUGCCCUUUCCCCAUUCAUGUUUUCGGUUUGAUCAUGUGUACUUUUGUAUUUUCUUGGUGCAAGCCACAAAGUGUUACACAGAGAAUUGUCAGUAUUACAAGCUUCUGUCACAAACUAGCUCCUAAAUCGUAUCACGAUAUAGACACUCUUCAUCUGUAAGAUGACAUAGACAAGAUGAACAGUGUUGUACAGUAGUACUUCAAAAAUAACUGCGCAUAUAACUAGUAUUUUGAAGAGUAAGGGCAGUACCAGGGGUAUAUUUUUUUGCUCAAGGUAUAUAGCCUCAGUUUAUGGCUUCAUAAAUCUUUAUAAAGGAAGUUUUCCUAUUUUAGAGGAGUAAUGUGAUUUUUUUUAAUGCAAUCUGAUGCCUUCCUAGCUUCAGCUGAUAGUUUCAUGUUUUGUUUAAUUAUUUUUUCUUUGACUCAUCCAGAAAUGGCCAAUCAGUUGUUUAAAGAGCCGCUGUUGUUUUUUUUAACACUGAGCCUGCAUGCUUACUUGUAGUUUUUUUCUAUUACUUAAUCUGUUUAUGAUUACUUAUAUUCCAUAUUUCAUAAAUAUUUAAUUAUUUCCUAAGAUUUUUGAAGACUGUAGUUAUUAUUUUUCUCUUUCUAUACAAAAUAAACAAUCUUUGUGUACAAAAUAUACCUAUUGGUCUAUAUUAUUGUCAAAUGAAAGACAGACACUAACUAACGGUACCAGUGACAGAACACAGGUUGAUAAGGUUGACUCCAUCUCACGUCUCAAUCUAAUUUCCCACUAACCUCUGACCUUCACUAACCACCAUCCUCAUCAAGCUUGCACUCAAAACCCCCACUCCACUUCCUCUCCCCUUUAAAAUGUCUCUUCUGUAGUAUGGUUUGUUCAUAGUAGUAAUGUUAGUUGUGUUGAUAACAAUGAUAUAACAUUACUGUGCAGGUUUCUCUGUUGUCUGCUUAACGUUGUGUUAUAUGUGUGUGUGACGUAGCUCUGACUCCUGUAGCCUGCUUUGCAUCUUGACAUGCUCACCGGCCAUCCACCCUCACCCUUCUCUUCCAGAUCCACUUCCUCAUGAUUCUCUCAGCAAACUGGGCCUACCUAAAGGACGCCAGUCACAUGCAUGCCUACCAAGACAUCAAAAUGAAGGAAGAGCGUGAGCUGCACGACAUCACGUCUCGCUCAAAGGAAUGUCUCAAUUCCUACACAUAAGGAUUACGCCCUCGUCCACCUCUAUGACCCCACACACACACACACACACACACACACACACACACACACACACACACACACACACACAGAGCUCCUGUAACCUGCCAGCUGCCCUCACGCAGCGCAGUAAUACAGCUCCUAACAAACUAAAGCAUCAAUGUCGCUUUCUGCAACUAACCAAGACGUGUCGGAACCUCUGUUUUGUGUUUUGUAUGUGAAUAUAUUUUUUGUUUUUAUUUUUUUUAAUUGUCGAAUAAGAAAAAUAUGCAGUUUUGAACAAUUCUUUUGAUCUGUUCUUUUUUUUGCUUUCUUCCUAAUCAGUCUUCCCUGGUGAAGCUUGAAACAUUGCACUAUUCUAACACAAGAACGUAAAGAAAUAGUGAAACUUGUUUUAGAGUGUUCUGUUAUGAUUCUGGCCUGACUGUUAGCCAUUUAUAAAUAAGGGAGAGCAGGAAGUUCGUGUCAGCGAGAAGAGAAUCCAUUUAUUUUUUAUUUUUAAAUCAAAGAUGCAGUUUUGAUAACACUUCAUAGCACAACAUGAAACGCCUUACAACAUCAGUUCUAGUAGUGCAACGUGUUGUUUUUAAUUGCUGGCUUUGAAUGGAGAGAAUAUAAGGAAGAGAAAUAUGAAGGCACAACAACAUCCCAUUGUAGAACAGAACAUGCAUUGGUUGGCUUCAUUGACAAUUUAUGUUACCCCUCUGCCCAUUAAAACUAUGUUAGGUUUAGAUUAAUUGUCUCUUGAUAGUAGUUUUCCUAUUUUAGGGCUGACAUUUUGUUUAAUGCUAAUUCUAGUUACAUUCGUCACAUACAUAAAUAAUGAUGCAAAAUACUAAUAUCCCUCAGGUGUACAAUAGUGGGCCUACGUAGUUACUUUAGCUACAUACGCAUGUAUUUUACUUAACCACGUGCCCAUGUGACUGUAAGCGAAACCGUAGUGGUUUCAGAUUUUAGUUUUAGUCCUUUUUGAAGGGUGGAAUCCCUUACACUAAAAUACAUGCAAAGGUUGUUUUUUCUCUUAGACUUUAAUUUUUAAACUCUGGCAAGUGAAUGGUGCCAAUAACAAUUCUACUGUUAGACUGACCAAAAUAUCUCAUCUUAAUACAUCUCCAAAGUGUGAUAGCAUGGGUAAUAAUUAGUAUCAUUUUUUUUUAAAUGCAGCUAUUUAAAAUGUCAUGGUUAAUGUCUUUGUGAGAUGAAAAAUAAAUGUCACAUUUGACAAUAGAGCAUGAGGAUGGUAUACUACCCUGUUGGACAGAGGGGCUUGUAUAUUCAAAGUAUUGUUGGGAUGAAUAAAUGCUUCCUAUUGUAUAGUGUAUGAUCUCCCACAGUUCAUUCCAAAUUCCCAGGUGACUUGAAAUUCCCAUUUGCGAUUGUUAAAUGUUCAUCCCUAUAACUACAAGAUAUAGGAUGCUUCCAUUAUACUUGGUUGAGAAAAUAACUGUCUGUAAUGAAACAUUUGUUAUAAUGUGAUGUGCUUUGUUACCAUGGCAAACCUUACAACUUAAGACAGUGCAAGUAAAAUGUGUGAAUGUUAUCCCUUCUACAUCCAGGCUAACUCAGUCUUAGGAUGUGGAUCUACAAACAAAAUCUGUGCUUAUAUGUGUACAAUGUAAAGAUGUUACAAGUCAGGAAUCUUUUGGUGAUGUUUCAAUCUUAUUUAGUUUUUUUUGAAUAUAUAACCACUUAAAAAAGAAGAAAAAAAUGUUUCAAAACCUCUUGAAUUGCAUUUCAGCAUUGUUUUUGACAUGCAAUUGUGAAAAUACUGACAAUUACUGAUGUAAUCUUUUUCUUUUAGGUAGAGAAGACAGGAAUAUUGAUGUUAAUUCAUUAUUGCAUGAAGGAGAAAACUGUUUCUGCAGUGAUACAGGUGAUGUGUAGUCAUAUGUACUGACAACUAUCGUAGGCAGUGUUUGCCUGUUUCCUUUUCUUUUUUCUAACAGAGAACCAAUUAAUCCAUUGUAUGUCAUCGUAGUCCUAGGUGUUUCCAAGUAUGCGAAUCCUCUAUAGUAUUUUGUAACCUAAUAGUGUACCCCAUUUUUUUCUAUGAGUGUCAAGGGCCUCCUUGUGAAUUUAUUUCAGAUGUUACUUAAUGCAUCACAGUAUUAUGAAUAUUAAUCAUCACCAUAUAAUUGAAAAUGGCAAUCUGACCAUGAAUGGAAUACGGUUCAGCCAAAGUUUAAGCCACUGUGAGUCUUGAUUGACAACAUCUUGUUUUGUGAACAAAGUGGUCUCAGAAAUAUUGUAGAACAGACGCUAAAGCGGUCUGCAGGAAGAUGACUGAUGUGAAGUGGAUGACUUUGAUCAUUCAGUCUCAUUAUACAGCGUUUCCUGUGUAUAAAGUACCAACAAAUGAUAGAAAUGGCUACUGAUCAAUCACCAGGAGGACACCAAUCCAACAUCCUGUCUGACUGGGAUCCCCUCUGACAUCUCUCUCUCAACAAGCCUGUUAACUGUUUUUAUGAAAAUAAAGAAAUACAAAAAUGAA